UGGGUCACAUGUGCUUUGGGCUCUUUUUUUCUCCUUACUACGACAACUGAAAUCUUUUAUUCUUCCUCUUUUUCUUUUUCUUUUUCUUAUUCCAUUUUGCUGCGCUAUUUAUUUGAUAAAACGCAAACCUUUUUCUUUUCUUUUUAAUUUCUUUUUUUUCUUUAUUUUUCAACAAACUUCAAUAACUCUAUAAAACAACAUCAUGCGUUCAAAGUUUAAGGAUGAACACCCUUAUGAAAAACGUAAGGCCGAAGCCGAACGUAUUCGUCAAAAAUAUCCCGAUCGUAUUCCAGUGAUUUGUGAAAAGGUGGAAAAAAGCGAUAUUCCUACUAUUGAUAAGAAGAAAUAUUUAGUACCUGCUGAUCUUACGGUUGGACAAUUCGUAUAUGUGAUUCGAAAACGUAUUAAACUUAGUCCUGAAAAGGCGAUAUUUAUCUUUGUGAAUGAAAUUCUACCUCCCACUGCUGCUUUGAUGAGUGCGAUCUAUGAUGAACAUAAAGAUGAUGAUGGAUUUUUAUACAUAACUUAUUCUGGUGAAAACACUUUUGGAUGGGAAUAAAGAUAGACAACUUGGACCCCCCCUUCUUCUUUAUUAUGUAUAUUUCUUCUUCCUUUUUUUUUUAUUCACAACAUACACAUUUUUUUUUAUUCAUCUCUAUUCCAUCUUACUUCCUUUCGUCUUUAUUGCAGUGUAUUAUUCUUCUUUUUGUUUGAUUCCCCUUCUAUCCUAACUUUUUUUUUCUCCUUCUCUUUCUCUCUCUCUCUCUCUUUUUCUCUCUCUCUUUUUUUUAUUAUUCAUUUCUCAUAUUGUUAUCUAUUUCUUC